AUGGAGAGAGCUUUUUUCAUUAGAAGUAAAACGAACAGAGACAAGACAUACAGCGGAGACCUGUGCAGAGGAAUUACUCAGCGUGUCAACCAGAAGGGGGCUGUGGCACAGGUCGGCGUCACUUUGUGCGCCCAUGGCCAAAGUCUUCCCUCACUGGAAGACAACUUGGUGCUUGUUCUCGGAUGCUCCCACCUGCGUGCAAUUGCAGAUGGAUUUGUGACUAUGCCGGACGGCAUCCUCACCUUUGGCUUCCUCUCCAUCCCUGGGGGGAGCGCAGCUGACCUGAAGCUGGAGAUUGAGAACACUGUUCUCACUCACCAACCUGAUGCACUUUGUGUCUUGGCUCCAAGCAACAAUUUGACAGCCAGUCGUUCCGUCAGUGAAGCAGGAGCUGAUUUUGCCAAGCUCAUGACCAGUGUGACCAAACGCUUUCCUAAUGUGUUUGUCCUGGACUUUCCCCCACGCCUCAACUGUGAGGUGAAAGACCAGGACCUGUUGCGACAGGAAUUCCGUGAUGUCACUGCACGGAUGAGUGUGAAGUACUGUUCCAUUGCAGAGUACUUUCCACUCCAAGACCGUAAACUUUGGGUCAGAGACGGCGUAAGUACAUGCUGUUUUGAUAUUGCACAUGGAAAAGUUCUACAUACUGUUAUGUAUUUGAUGUUGAAUCUACAUUCAUGUUUUGUAUAUUCGCUUGUUAUUAUUUAUUACAGGUGCACCUGAGUGAUGAUGGUGGGAUGAAGAUCCUGGUGAAGUGGCUGGCGCAUCACUCCUAUCAAGUAGGCCUUUUCAACAAUGCUCUGAUGCCA